CCAGUCGCUACGUAUUUUUCAACGUGUAUAGACGUGCGCUCCAAACGCAAACCAGUUUAAAAACACGCACGGAUAUUACCUGGUUCCGGUUUUCAUCAACACAAGUGUUUAAAUAAAUUCUUUUAAAGAAAGUUGAUGUGAUACUGUGCCGGAAUUUCGCGAAUGCAGGAAGGAUCCUGAAGUGGCUUGAAAUUUGCAGAAAAUGAACGCACUCGCGUGGUGCUGUCUCGCCAUUCUCCCAUUCACAUGGAACACUGUCAAUGGCCAUGGAAGGCUAAUUGAACCUCCAUCGAGGGCAUCAGCCUGGAGAUACGGCUUCGACACACCACACAAUUACAACGAUCAUGAAUUGUUCUGCGGGGGCUUCUCAAGACAAUGGCAAAAAAAUAAAGGAAAAUGUGGAGUAUGUGGUGAUGCUUGGGAUGCUCCAACUCCAAGAGCUCACGAAUUAGGAGGACGGUUUGGAAAAGGUGUAAUAGUAAGAAGAUAUUCACCCAAAGACGCUAUCACAAUCAAGAUCGAGUUAACAGCUAACCACAAUGGUUAUUUCGAAUUUAGAGUUUGUGACGAUCCUAAAGAUACUACACAGGAAUGUUUAGACAAAAAUGUUCUUAAAUUUGAUGGGAGAGAUGGUACAAAGUUUUAUCCUAAAGAUGGAAAUAAAAUCUAUGAAAUGAAAUAUCGACUACCAGAGGACUUGGAAUGUGCCCAUUGUGUCUUGCAAUGGCGAUAUAUGGCUGCUAACAAUUGGGGAGACUGUGAAAAUGGAACUGGAGCUAUAGGAUGCGGUCAUCAGGAAGAAUUUCGGGCAUGCGCCGAUAUUGCCAUAGGAAAGAGCUUUGCUACAACUACAAGGAGGCCAAGACCGUCAUACGUACCUCCUGCCAGGAGACCUACGGUACCAACGCCGGAAGAAUCGACUAGAAGUUCGUGGUACGGUGUGGUUGUAGCCGUUGUGGCGUUAUUGGUUGCUGUGGCAGUCUUUGCUGGUAUUUAUCUAUAUUACUAUAGAGGAGGAAUGAGGAUCAAGAAUCUCCUAAAGUCGAAGGCUGCUCCUCCCGCGCCCGUACCUCCGCCGAGACAUAAGAGGGCGUCACUGUCUAGAGAAACACCACCGGAAUUGUCGUCUCCUAAAAUUAGUCCUGAAUCAGGAUUUGAAACUGUAGAUCUUAGAGCUAAAUGAUUUUUCUUUUUCUUCAAAAUGCUAACAGAACUGAUUUUGUAUGACAGUAGCCACUUACUUUCCUUGUAUUUUUGAUAAUUUCACUUCUGUUAGCAGUUUGAUUGUUUUUCUACCACUGCCGUAAUAGUGAUAUUUGUGUGGAUGACGUGCGCCGAUCCAGUGCGGAUUUUAUUGACCUGAUUUUAUUUAAUUUUUAAGCUAGUUAGAACU